UGGGCCGUAGCCCUCCCCGCCCCGCCGACCGCGGUCACACACUCGGAGCCUCCCCGUGAGCGGGAGCGCUGCGCACGGCGAUGCGCCGAGGCUGGCGCUGAGGCGGCGCCGAGCGAGCAGCAGCAGAGGCGGCGGCGGCCCCCAGCCCAGCCCGGCGCCGCCGCCGAGCCCGGGCCCUAAGGUGUGGCGGCGCCCCAAGUUCCCGCCAUGAGCAGCCGGCUCGGGGGGCUCCGCGGCCCCGGGGACUCCCGCCCUGCCGAGCGCGACCGCAGCGCCCCGCGGCCCCGACGCGCUUAACGCUGCGGCUCGCCGGUCCCACCACCGCCGCCUCCGCCGCCGCUCGCGUCCUCGCCGCCACCGCCUCGGCCGCUGCAGCGCCGCCGGCAGCAUGUCUCGAAGGAAGAUUUCGUCCGAGUCCUUCAGCUCCCUGGGCUCCGACUACCUGGAGACCAGCCCGGAGGAGGAGGGGGAGUGCCCCCUGUCUAGGCUCUGCUGGAAUGGCAGCCGGAGCCCGCCCGGGCCGCCGGAGCCCAGCGCGGCCGCCGCUGCCGCUGCCGCCGCCGCCCCAGCCCCGGCUGCUUCUGCCGCCGCCGCCGCCGUCACGGCCGGGGCCAGGAGGGUGCAGCGCCGGAGGCGGGUCAACCUGGACUCUCUGGGCGAGAGCAUCAGCCGCCUGACGGCGCCCUCGCCUCAGACGAUACAGCAAACUCUCAAGAGGACACUGCAGUAUUAUGAACAUCAAGUUAUUGGUUACAGGGAUGCAGAAAAGAAUUUCCACAAUAUCUCUAACAGAUGCUCCUAUGCAGAACACUCCAACAAAGAAGAAAUCGAAGAUGUCUCAGGAAUUCUUCAGUGUACUGCUAAUAUACUCGGUUUGAAGUUUGAGGAAAUUCAAGAAAGAUUUGGUGAAGAGUUCUUUAAUAUAUGCUUUCAUGAGAAUGAGAGAGUCCUUCGAGCUGUAGGUGGCACUUUGCAGGACUUUUUUAACGGCUUUGAUGCUUUGUUGGAACACAUUAGAACUUCUUUUGGAAAACAGGCCACCCUGGAGUCACCGUCUUUCCUAUGCAAAGAGCUUCCUGAAGGCACUCUCAUGCUCCACUACUUCCACCCUCACCAUAUUGUGGGGUUUGCAAUGCUGGGGAUGAUUAAGGCUGCAGGAAAGAAGAUCUAUCGGCUGGAUGUGGAAGUGGAACAGGUUGCAAAUGAGAAGCUAUGCUCUGAUGUUUCAAACCCAGGCAAUUGUAGCUGUCUUACUUUCCUUAUCAAAGAAUGUGAAAAUACUAAUAUCACGAAGAACCUUCCACAGGGAACCUCCCAAGUUCCUGCGGACCUCAGAAUUAGCAUCAACACCUUCUGCAGAGCCUUCCCUUUCCACUUGAUGUUUGACCCCAGCAUGUCAGUCCUUCAGCUGGGGGAAGGUCUAAGGAAGCAGCUUCGAUGUGACACUCACAAAGUGCUCAAGUUUGAGGACUGCUUCGAGAUUGUAUCUCCAAAGAUUAAUGCCACCUUUGAGAGGGUCCUACUGCGACUGUCUACCCCGUUUGUGAUUAGAACCAAGCCUGAGGCUUCUGGCUCUGAAAAUAAAGACAAGGUGAUGGAAGUCAAAGGACAAAUGAUCCAUGUUCCAGAAUCAAAUUCCAUUUUAUUUUUGGGCUCUCCAUGUGUGGACAAGUUGGAUGAACUCAUGGGCCGAGGGCUACAUCUCUCAGACAUCCCUAUCCAUGAUGCCACCCGAGAUGUCAUUUUGGUUGGUGAGCAGGCAAAGGCCCAAGAUGGCUUGAAGAAAAGGAUGGAUAAAUUAAAGGCAACUUUGGAAAGAACUCACCAGGCCCUGGAAGAAGAGAAAAAGAAGACAGUGGAUCUUCUAUAUUCUAUUUUCCCUGGCGAUGUAGCCCAGCAAUUGUGGCAAGGGCAGCAAGUACAGGCCAGAAAGUUUGAUGAUGUCACCAUGCUCUUUUCAGACAUUGUUGGCUUCACAGCCAUAUGUGCCCAGUGUACUCCCAUGCAAGUAAUCAGCAUGCUGAAUGAACUGUACACCAGAUUUGACCACCAGUGUGGAUUUUUGGAUAUUUAUAAGGUGGAAACAAUAGGUGAUGCCUACUGUGUUGCAGCAGGGCUCCACAGAAAAAGCCUCUGCCAUGCUAAACCCAUUGCUCUGAUGGCCUUGAAGAUGAUGGAACUUUCAGAAGAGGUGCUGACACCUGAUGGAAGACCGAUUCAGAUGAGGAUAGGAAUUCACUCGGGCUCCGUGCUGGCUGGAGUUGUUGGGGUGCGAAUGCCACGUUAUUGCCUGUUUGGAAAUAAUGUCACACUGGCAAGCAAAUUCGAGUCGGGAAGUCACCCUCGGCGCAUCAAUGUCAGCCCAACCACUUACCAAUUAUUAAAACGGGAAGAAAGUUUCACAUUCAUUCCACGGUCUCGUGAAGAGCUUCCAGACAACUUUCCAAAGGAAAUUCCUGGGAUCUGCUAUUUCCUGGAGGUAAGGACUGGUCCAAAGCCACCAAAGCCUUCUCUUUCUUCGUCGAGAAUAAAAAAGGUUUCCUACAACAUCGGCACCAUGUUCCUCCGGGAGACAAGCCUCUGAGACCUGCUACAGAACAAAGACUCCUCCAAAAAGCACAAGCCCAGAACAUGGGUCACCACAGCGGGGGUGGAAAGAGAUUGUGUCUCUUUCAUUGCUUUGUUGAGAACAAGCAGCAAAAUUUCUGUAUUAUGUUAGGCAAUAAUCCUACUAAAAGGUAGAGGUGACCGCUGUCAAUAAAAAGCCGGAGGAUGAGGGAAAUAAGAUGUGCCCAUUCAUAUGAGUGUUUUUGGUCAUAUAUAUUUACGUAUAUUUUAAUUACAAGUGUGGGUCCCCUUUCAGAACUAACCAAUAAAUGGAUUCCACGUUUUCUUGUUUAUCACACAUACAAGUAUCUCUCCCUAUAUAUUUGUACCACUUUUGAGAGCC